AUGGCUGACGGCGGACGAUCUGUGAGUGGAAAUGUAAACACGGGCCUGGUUGACGGUGAUGAUGUGGACAUAAACGACUGUUUCGAUGCCAUUGAAAUGGCAGGAGAAAGAUUUAGAAAUGAAGGUUACAUGGAGGGUCUUGAUGCGGGACGAUCUGUUGGGUAUCAGGAGGGUGUCACGAUUGGGAAAAAACAGGGCUGGAAAAUAGGCUCUGAGCUUGGAUUUUAUCAUGGAUUUGCAUCCUCCUGGAGAAAACUGGCAGCUCAGUAUCCAGACAGUAAGCAGAGAGUUAUCAAGGCUCUGGAUAGCUUGGUGAUGAUGAUUGACGAGUUCCCACUAAGUGAUCCCACGACACAGUCCUUACAAGAUCAGCUGGAGCAAAUCAGGGGAAAAUUCAAACAGAUUUCUUCUUUGCUGAAUCUUCAGACAGAAUUUGGAGGGGGAGAACGGGAGGGCACUCCUGCAAAAUUAUCCUUCUGAUAGGUGCUGUAGACAAUCUAUCAGUUACCUCCCCUGCCCAAGCGUUGUGGCACAUUAUCUCAUACUUUAUCUCAGACACCUACACAUGUAUUACUUCGGUUGAUGAACAGAAGGCAGGCUGAAGAUGCCAACCCAAGUAUCCUGGCAAAGCACUGAAUACUCUGGUGAAUCCAACGAAGUUCUGGUGGAUAUAUAAAGGCGGUGUAGAAUAUCCAGUAAGCUGGCACACAGAUAGAAUGUCGUGGUUGUGAGAGAGCUGACUUGACUGUUAAUGAGAUUUUAUCAGACAGACUGUUAAUGAGAUUUCAUCAGACAGACUGUAAAUGAGAUUUCAUCAGACAGAUUGGAAUGGUGGAGAGUUAUGAAGAGGAAGUCAAGUGAAUAAGUGUUUUGGAAUCAAUACCAAAUUUCACAUAGAUUUUGAAGCACCUUGAUGAAUACUUUUUGCGUGUUUCCCAAUGUUGGACCUCAAGUCAAAUCUUGCUUAUCUUGUCAUCAUGCUGCAUAGCGUAUGUUCAUAUUAUAGUUCCAGGAAUGUAAUUUAAAUUUAUUUAUUUAUUUGAUUGGUGUUUUACGCCGUACUCAAGAAUGUUUCACUUAUACGACGGUUGCCAGCAUUAUGGUGGGUGGAAGCCGGGAAUGUAAUUUAAACAUAACAUGUAUGAACAUGUAUGGUUCAGUAAAAUGCCUCUAGGUUAUACUGUUAAAAAUAGUUAAGGUGCCUCCAUGACUCAGUUGGUUAGCUCACUAGGGCAGUGUAAUGACCCAGGAGCCUCUCACCAGUGCGGUUGCUCUGAGUUCAAGUCCAACUCAUGCUGACUUCCUCUCCAUCCGUAAGUAGGAAGGUCUGUCAGCAAGAGGUGGAUAGUCAUGGGUUUCCUCAGGGCUCCUCUCGGGUUCCUACCACCAUAAUG